AGAAACACAUGGAUAUCGUGUUCUCACAGACUCUGACUGGCCUUGUGACCUCAUUCUAUGCCACAAUGAGCGAGCACUAUACUGAUAAAUUUUUCAUGGAGCAAUUGAAAGAGAUCGGGUUUCUGGCCCAUUUUGAGUGUUUACUAAACUCAGCAGGGGAAGAGCAGGCAAUGUUGGAAGAUAUGUAUGUUGGCGUUCUGGAAAUGAGAAAUGUCAAGUUUCAACUAGCUGCUUUAUCUGGUACUGAUGUCAAGUUUGAUUUCCGUAUCACAGGCACUAGAGAAAACUUGACAGUACAGAUACUGCUAGACAGAGACUUGUUGGCUUCAUUACCGAAUGAGCACAUCAGACUAGGCCAGCUGAUUAAAGUGACUCCAAUUCUGUUUGUGUUUGGUGGUGGGGAAUCACAAGGAAAAUCAAUUGUCUCUCUCCAAGAGGAAAUCAACGAAGAGAGCUUAGCUUUUCUGAGUGGAUAUGUAGGAAGCUACAGAUCCCUUGCAUCCAAUUUCACUGAUGACCCUGCCAUUCCAAAGAAAAACUCCAAAGUCCGUGACCAAUUCCACCAAUUAAAGACUAAAUACGGAACUCAGAAAUUUAGAAACGUCGAAGUUCUAAUUAGCGCACAACAAGUGUGUCGGGGUGUUAAAGGCGGUAGGAUCACUACCUGUAGGACUGGCAAGGAUAGAACGGGAAUGGCGGUAACGCUAGAGGAGUGUGUCCUACUACGUACGGAACAUAAGCUAAAGGAUGAGCAUUUCAUGAGAGCUCUCUCAACCUUGAGAAGUUCUGGGACUCAGUUGGAGAACUGCUAUAAGAACACUGGUCACAGAUGCUACCAGUUCAACACAGCACAGUAUCAACUGCUUCCACGCAUACUGCAACCUCCUUGUCUCACUCUAAGGCAAUCUUUUGGUGUAGAUUAAUUGACUUUUGUUUGUGUGUAUAGACUGUUCUUGUUUAAAAUAUUAUUAUUUUUAUAAUCAAAAUAUUAUUAUUAUUACUACUAUUAUUAUUAUUACAUGUGUAUUUUUAAAUCAUUAUUAUCAAUGCUAUUAUAAUAUUAUAAGGGAAUUGGAGAAGUGAAUGAUGUAAAUAAAUAUUAAAAAAUAAUUAUUGAUGAGUUACUAAAAUAGUUCAGAGCAAACAA